CCAUUUUGUGGCGGUUGGUUGCCUGUGAGGGAAAGCGGGCCCGGAGAGGGCCGGGCUGGGCCGGUGGAGGCCGAGCUCGCAGCGGGCUGGCCGGGGCCCUCGGCGGCCUCCCCCGCGCCAUGUCCUCGUUCUCGGAGUCGGCGCUCGAGCGGAAGCUGUCGGAGCUGAGCAACUCCCAGCAGAGCGUCCAGACGCUGAGCCUGUGGCUCAUCCACCACCGCAAGCACGCCGGGCCCAUCGUCACCGUCUGGCACCGCGAGCUCCGUAAGGCAAAAUCCAGUCGGAAACUUACUUUCCUAUACCUGGCAAAUGAUGUUAUCCAGAACAGUAAAAGGAAAGGACCCGAAUUUACAAGGGAAUUUGAAUCUGUUCUUGUGGAUGCUUUUUCACAUGUCGCCAGAGAAGCAGAUGAGGGCUGCAAGAAGCCCUUGGAACGAUUGCUGAACAUCUGGCAGGAAAGGAGUGUGUAUGGCAGCGAAUUCAUACAGCAGUUGAAACUGUCUAUGGAGGACUCCAGUAGCCCCCAACCCAAAGUUACAGAGGAGAAGAAGUCCUUGAAGCGGACAUUUCAGCAGAUACAAGAGGAAGAAGAUGAUGAUUACCCAGGGAGCUACUCCCCUCAGGAUGCCAGCGCUGGGCCCCUUCUGACUGAAGACUUGAUCAAAGCACUGCAAGAUCUGGAAAAUGCAGCAUCGGGAGAUGCCACAGUGCGGCAGAAAAUCGCCUCUCUUCCCCAAGAGGUUCAGGACGUGUCCCUGCUAGAGAAGAUUACAGACAAAGAGGCAGCGGAGCGCCUUUCAAAGACAGUGGACGAGGCAUGUUUGCUGCUCGCGGAGUACAAUGGGCGACUGGCGGCAGAGCUGGAGGAUCGGCGCCAGCUGGCACGCAUGUUGAUUGAGUACACGCAGAAUCAGAAGGACGUGCUGACGGAGAAAGAGAAGAAGCUGGAAGAGUACAAGCAGAAGCUCGCUCGGGUAACUCAGGUCCGCAAGGAGCUCAAAUCCCACAUCCAGAGCCUUCCCGAUCUGUCGCUGUUGCCCAACGUCACCGGGGGAUUGGCACCUCUGCCGUCUGCUGGGGACCUGUUCUCAACUGACUAGGACCCGCCAUGGGGUCUGCAUCCCCUCCCCUCCCUGCCCCCCUUCCAGUUAACGUCAGCAGAACUCACAUGACGACUGGAGAUUCUCCCAGCAAGCCGACAUAGGAAGGAAGUGACAGAGACCGUCCUCUGGCCCUCUCCGCGGCGCACGCUGCCUCUCAUGUUGAUGGGGCGGGUGCGGCUACCAGUCCUUUGAAAGGAGGACAGCUUUACUUGUAUUUGGCAAACAUUCACGUUGUCUUUGGUUCCCCUUAGCACUUCCAGUUUCUGCAGCAGACUGUGCAAAUCAUGUGUGUGUGUCAACUUCUGAGAGUUUUCAGCAAAAACAAUGUUGAUUUCUGCUUGCCUCCCCCCCCCCCCGCCCCCCCUGUAUAAAAAGAAUUGGGUGGUUUUCUGAACUGGUUUGUUGUGUGUCAAGCUUGAUCUCUGGGUGGGCUUCGCAAGUUGUUCAGGAUGCUGCUUUACAGGUGACCUGUCUUUUUGCAGUGUGCGGGCCACCAGUGACCGAAGCAUGUCCUCGUGACCUUUGGGUGAAUGCACACUUCCCCCUGGCAGUGCUGCUCGUGAGCUUGCGCUGCUCCCCAAGCAGUGUUGCGCAGGCUGUCCUGUGUCUGUGUCUGUGUUGGCACCACAGUUCUUUCUUCUCACCAUGUGAAUCAGUUGCAGUUGUGUGUCUGAGCACUAGAGAAACCACUUCUCUGAAACACUGUCAGUCUAAAUUUCUCUGUAAGCAUUAGCAGAAGGGCUAAACUUUGAAGGCUGUUAUGUGUGGCCACAAUCCUCAAAUCGUAGCCCCACUCACCUGAGCAAGAGGUUGUGGAGGAGACUUCCCGUGGGGUAGAUGAGUAGUGCCCAUCUUUGAUCUACAUCCAUCCAUCUUGGUUCACCCUGACUGUUCUUCUCCCUUCACCAACCUGCAGUGAUACUAGUGCAUAAUUAUGCUACAUACACAUUCAUGUAAGCUAGGACUAGUUUAUUUGGGGAGAGCCACCUCCCCCCCCUCUCCCCCCCCGCCAUCAAAAGCUGUUAGUGGGCUACCUGUUACCAGGGCGGUCCUGGCAUCCUUUGCCCUUCAGUUUGAGAGGAGGCAAUUGGCCUCUCCCAGCCUUGAUCGCCUCGAUGGGACUGCCUUUUCCUUCAUGGGGCCGGCAAGUGUCCUGCAGUCUGGCCCUUGUUUUGCCAAAGGCAGCCAUGGCAGUGUGUUGCCCCUCAAGGCUUGGUGCGCUCAGACGUUGCGUUUUAAACUGAAAACCUCCUUCCCUGCUGAGGCUGUCAGUCUUUGCAGCAUGCGUGCAUGCGUACACAAACACACACAUGCCCAGUACUUACGAGGUGCUGGAAGAAGUUCCAGGUUGGUUUCAUGAACGUGGCAUCACAAUGUUACCAGGAGGGGGGGGGGGCUUUCGUGAGGCCGUUUUGCUGCAUGCAGGCCCCAGGCCAGCCCCCCCCCCCCUGCAUCUGGGUUGCCUGUUAAAAGGGACUUCAUGAAUUGGCCUCAUUUCUAGUUGGAAACAAAGUACCUUUAGGGCAAAGAAACCAGUCUGAGCAUCUCAGAUUGAUUAUUUGAGUGGCUUUGCUGUGAGUACCACCUUCUGGGUCUAAAGAAAUAGAAAUGACUUGGGUUCUUUCCCCCCUGCACAAUAUUUUUAUGCUUUAUUUUAAUAUAACUGAAAGUAUAUGGAUUUAAUUUGACUUGCAAGAUCAGGGAGGCUCAGGAGUCUGUCGGGGCACCUUCGCAGUCGGUGGGGGCGGGUAUCCUUUCAAGAUCAAAGCGUUUUCUUAAAUCUAUAUAUGAAGUGAUUUAGAAUUAAACUUAGAGGUAUAGGCUGCCAUUUAAGCAGCAGUAUAUUCUGAAAUGUCUCAUAAAUAUAUUUUUGAAUAAAGAGGGUGUCAUUCA